GCAAUUCUUAAAGGGGAGUCUGAGAACCCUAAUGACAUCACCAGGACUUCGAGUGCGACGAGAGACGAGUUCAUCCGCCCCCUCUUUGCUCAGAGUCUCGUUCGGGCAAACACACCUGCUGCGGAGUUGGAAAUAGUUGUUUCUACUAAGGACGGCAAUAUCAUAAGCGAGCGCGAGAUCUUGGUUAUGGCCGCCUCGUGGGUGUACAACCCCAUUUAUGACUGUAGGCGCGUAGCGUACGAGGGAAUCAAGCAUCCCCGGGCUGGCUUUGGGUUCGGCGCGAUAUAUGGUGUCGCACUCAAUGCUAGGGUUGAGUUUGUGUUAAAACACUUCAUCCCACCACUUUCCACCCUUCUUCCAAUUGAAAAAAACGGAAUAGUUUGGUUUCUCCAGUCGAGGUUCGCUAAAUCACUCCUCUGGCAUAUCGUUUUUAGGGUCACUAGGCCGCACGGUGCCCGAAUCCACACGUCCCCUAACCUACCACAGGUCGUCGCUGAUCUUGAACCUGAUGCGUUCAAAGGCGCCUCCAACCCGCCAUUAGAAACCCUCGCCUUUGUGGGGUCUUUUUGUUUCCACGCGCUGCUCCGAUUCCUGAAGAGGGCCAUAAAAGCGCACCGCGGUCUUACCUCCAUGGAGGAUUAUCCGACUCCCCGCGAAAUUCAUGACCAAAUAAUUGUAACAAUAAUCAUGUUACUGCAACAGCACGACGAUCCAGGACUGCCUUCACUCCAGGCCCAGAUGCUCCAGUUUUGUGACCUUCGCACGAUUGAUGUUCUUCAGAUUCCCUCUUUAUCACAACUGUUUGUGCUGUUUGGAUUAGUCGACUCGCAUGAUCUUGCAGGUCUCCUUGAAGUAGCCCUUGAGGAGGUUGAGACGCAAAUACCUCUCCAUCAAGAAGAGGAGAACUGCUCGGUAUUCCUUCAGCGAGGAGGGCGUUGUUUUAUGGAGCACAGGAUGUAUCGCGCUCAAAUAGAAGUGUCAUUGUUCAGUAAAGCUAUUGCGAACUUAUGCGAAGAGCUGAACACUAGAAACCAGCCAGUUUCGUGGCAUGUAGGCCCAAAUUUGACACUCCUCGCGGUGAACCCUGUUGGGCCAUGGAGAAGGCUGCUCAUGACAAAUGUCAUGCCUGGCUUCUCGUGUCAUCUCAAUCUCAAGACACUACGCAAGUUGCUUCUAAUGCCGGCACCCCCCCCCAACUCUCCUCGUCUUCAAGAAUCCCUCCUUAGGCGUGGUGACAUACUUUCCUCCCUGCCCCGUUCGAUGAAAUCUUGGGUUGAUAAUGCGACAUAUUCUAUGUACAUAAGCGCGUGUUUUGCAGAAACCAACGAGCCCCUACGUAUCGACAAUAAAGAGAGGUUCACCCGAAAGGAGUACAAAUCGCCGGAUACGCUCAUGUCUAUUUUCCAUAUUCUGGACUUGAAGACGCAGCGCGCACAGGCCGAAGCAGAUAUGUUUUCCGAAGCUAUUGAACGCACCGCUGAGAUUGAGCUCACUGAUGACGGUUUGUCUUCUGGUUCAGGAACGACUACGACAUGUGAUUCACGUUCACCUCAUGAUUGGUUUGAUGAUUGGUUUUCUUCUUCUUCUGCACCUUCUAAUGCUUCCGACUCUGACAUGCUGUGA